CCCAUUUUCGAUUUUGUGCAAGUUUGCAAAUCCUGCUGCUCGUGCUGAUGCGUUUUUCUCGCAGUGCCCUGUUGUUACUCUACAAAAUAAGGUAUCACCUUUCGACGAUGUAGUUUCUUGGCCCUAGGUUAUAAGUCGAAGAGUAAAUACGAUUGGGAAUUCACCCUCGUCGUAGGACUUCGCGAAGGUGGCAUUUUUUCGGCGGAUUCACCGCCGUGGUUUUGCAUUGAAGUGUCAGAUUCAAUGACGCAUGAACCAACACAUUAUAUGCAUACUCCCACACUUCUUCACGACAAAGUCGCUCGGUCUUGCCUCAAUAUGCAGUCCGGGUGUAUAUGUAAGACAGCCUUGUGAUCUCUUUGAUUGCUAUUAAGCGCGCAAAUAUCGAUGUCCAUCGAAGGCAUUAUCUCGAUUACACAGCACCCACCGAUGCACCUGAUCUGGCUCCCGCAUCCGCGCUGUACAAUAUAUGGUCUUUACCCAUCAAAGGCCUUCAGGAGCGGCUUUCCAUGGCCCGAAGUGAGACGUGCUCCUCACAACAUACACACCCUCACUACCUUCGACUCCCCCUUGACGCCUGCCCAGUCCCAUAAUCCGUCGCCUGACCUAGCCGACUCGCCCUCACGCUCCCCCUCGGCGGCGGUGCCGCAAAAUUAUGCUGCCCCCAUCCCGACAGCGGAUUCCCGCGCUGACUCCCAUGGAACGGAUUCCCCGCUCCCCUACCAGUGGGAUGCCGCUGACUGCGUGGAUGGCUUUGCCCAGGGCCUCCAAAUGGCGGAGGGCCUUGCGAGAAGCGGUUCUGCUGCUGGCUUGGACCUGGGCCUCCGAAUUGCUGCUGACUUGGGCCUCCACCGAAGCCAAAAGGGUUAUUCGGACCGGCGGCCUGACUCGGAUGCUGAGACCCCAUCCCGAAGCCUGGCGGUCCUCCACGUCCCAUACUCAUCCCCCCUGCUCCUCCUCUACUGCCUCGUCCCAUCGUCAUACCUGGAUGCAUACCCGGUCCGAACCCUCCCCUACUAGUAGCACCCUGUCCUGUAGCAUUCAUGUCUGCUCUCAGUUCCUGCCAGGCCAUCGCUCGUGCCUCACUGCCCCUGAUGCCCUGG